AUGCCGAAUCCGCUCGCGUUCGUCGGCGGGGGCGCGGCGCUGACGGCGGCGGCCCGAGCGGCGGACAAGGCGAACAGUGGUGGCGGACCAUUCAGGCGGCUGGGCGAGGGCCGCGGCGCGGCGUUGCGGGAGGCUUGGCCGGUGGAGGCGCUGCACACCGUGCCCGCAGCAAGGCGGGCGGCGACGGGCGACGCGGACGAGCUGUUCGCGUACGCCCGUCCGCCCAAGAGCAAGGCGAAGCGCGAGGCGGGCGAGCGGCGCGCCUUGCAGCACCAGGAUUGGGUGCUUCUGUCAGCGGAGUGA